AUGGCCCACAAGCUGGCCACCUUUGGCAAAGUCCUGCUGCGUCGCCGGGCGUUGGACUUCUCCGGGGAGGAAACCCGAUUCGCCCGCUGCCUGUCCACCCUCGACCUCAUCGCCCUGGGGGUCGGCUCCACCCUCGGCGCUGGCGUCUACGUCCUCGCUGGUGAGGUCGCCCGAGAAAAGGCCGGACCCGCCAUCGUCCUCUGCUUCCUCAUCGCCGCUCUGUCCUCCAUGUUGGCCGGCCUUUGCUACGCUGAGUUUGGCGCCCGUGUCCCCAAAACAGGCUCGGCGUACCUUUACAGCUACGUGACAGUGGGAGAAAUCUGGGCCUUCAUCACUGGCUGGAACCUCAUCCUCUCCUAUGUGAUAGGUACGGCCAGUGUGGCCAGGGCGUGGAGCUCAACAUUCGAUAGCUUGGUUGAGCAAAAGAUCUCUGGCUUCUUUAAAGCUUCCAUGACAAUGAAGGUGCCAGGAAAUGUGCUGGCUGAAUACCCGGACCUGUUCGCCCUCAUCCUGGUCCUGCUGCUCUCUGGACUUCUGGCCUUCGGUGUGAACGAGUCUGCUCUGGUGAAUAAGAUCUUCACGGGCGUCAAUCUGGUGGUCCUGGGCUUCGUUAUCAUCUCCGGCUUUGUGAAGGGGGACUCGGCCAACUGGAACCGGACGGAGGAAGACUACGUCCGCUACAUAAACAGCUCCAACAGCACUAAAACUCUCAAAGUUGAUGAGGAGUUUGGCGUAGGCGGCUUUGCUCCGUUCGGCCUGACUGGAGUCCUGUCUGGUGCCGCCACCUGCUUCUACGCCUUUGUGGGCUUCGACUGCAUCGCAACAACUAGCGAAGAGGCAAAGAACCCGAUGCGCUCCAUCCCUGUUGGCAUCGUGGCCUCGCUGCUGAUCUGUUUCUUCGCUUACUUCGGUGUGUCCGCCGCUCUCACGCUCAUGAUGCCGUACUACGAGCUGAACAGGCAGAGCCCCCUGCCCGAGGCCUUCAGCUACGUGGGCUGGUCCCCCGCCAGAUACAUCGUGGCUGUGGGCUCCCUCUGCGCUCUGUCCACCAGUCUCCUAGGCUCCAUGUUCCCGAUGCCCCGUGUGAUCUACGCCAUGGCGGAGGACGGCCUGCUGUUCCGUAUUCUAUCCAGGAUCAACGAGCGCACCAAGACUCCUCUCCUGGCUACCAUCGCUUCUGGCGUUGUUGCAGCUCUGAUGGCCUUCCUGUUCGACCUGGCAGCGCUGGUGGACCUCAUGUCUAUCGGAACUCUGUUGGCGUACUCUUUAGUGGCCAUCUGUGUCCUCAUCCUCAGGUACCAGCCCGGCAGACUGAAUUCCUCCAGCCAGACGGAGAAGCUGGUGGAGAUGGUGGAAGGGGAGAAGGUGGCCGUGAGCGGAGGAGACAGCGGUGACGAGUACGGCAUGGAGACGGAGGAGAAACCGCUCCGGGAGACUUUAACCAUCAAGCUGCUGUUCUGCCCGAGUGGAAAGGUCCCAACGCAGACGUCCGGGAACAUCGUCUACGCCACCACCGCUAUCAUCUCUGUUUUUAUCACUGUCCUCUGCGUUAUCCUGGCUAACUGUCUCAGAGAGCUGCUGGCGGGACAUGCAGGCGUCGUGGUGCCGUGUGUCAUCCUGACUUUACUCUGCGCCGUCUGUGUCAUCAUCAUCUGGAGGCAGCCGGAGAGCAAAGAGGCUCUCACCUUCAAGGUCCCUCUGCUGCCCUGGUUGCCCCUGUUCAGCGUUUUCGUCAACAUCUACCUCAUGAUGCAGCUGGACCGAGGAACAUGGUGCCGCUUCGCCGUCUGGAUGCUUAUCGGUUUCGCCAUCUACUUCCUAUACGGUAUUAAGAACAGCAGUGAAGCAGCCAGGCGGAAGUCCCCACGCAAAUACGCGCCCGCGCUGCAGACCAAGAGCCCGAUCUACAAGGGCGCCCCCGACGACAACAACGUGGAGGGAGGCAGCAGCCCCUGAUGCCCACUGCCGUAGACCUGGGGGGUGUUGCCAGAGCAACUACACACGUUUUGGCAGCGAGGUUGAACUGGCGGCCAAAUGCUGCGAUGUAGGGGGCCUGGAGCGCAGCCCUGGGUUUAAAGGGAGGAGAGGCAAGAGAGCGCCACACACACACAUCUUACCUCUGACUCCGAGGCUGAUUAACUUGAUGGCUAGACACUGUGACAGGCCCCUCUCUGGCCUAUGUGUCCAUUUAAUCUGUCUAUUCGUACUUAGCCUUAGCCCUCCGGGAGAUAUUUACCUGCCUAUAACAUGCUUUCGAUGGACCUAACUAACAAAGUGUACUGCGGCGCACCUGAAGCUGUUAAUUGGAAGAAUGUUAAAAUGUAACUGUUCCCGUCUUCACCACCUCCCCGUUACCGGUGCGCUGUAGAUCCACCGGCUAGUAGAGCUGCUGUCACUGAAUAUUAUGAGUUGAGCUAGUGAAGUUCCAAUGGUCAAGACACGUGGAUCAGUGAGUCUCACCCCCACAAUGUGCGAGAGCCUUUAGUAGAUAGUUUCUAGUUUAUUGGUCCUUUGUUCAUUGCAGCAGGCUGGUUGUUUGUGUGUAAACAAGCCGGCACUGAGUCUGUGCUUUACAGCAUCAGUGUGUUCGAUGUCAUCACACUGUACGGUUCAGUGUCCGAGGCUGAAGUCCACGCUUUACAGAGCUCCUGCUCCCAGAGAACAGCCAGACAGCAACUGUACACGGGACCUUUUUUAAGUCAUAUUAAGUUAGUUGCAUAUCGUUAACUAUCUGUUUCAUAUAGACUUUGUUGAAAUGGUAUUUUAUGGCUUUCAUUUUAACAUGAUCCAGAAAACAAAAUGUUUUUUAACUGCCCAAUGGGCAACAAACUUCUUUCUACCCUUUAAAGGGCCAUGAACUUGAUUUGAACGAAAAACUGCAAAGCAAGAGUCACAUCAUUAAUCCUCUGCUCUGCUUUCUGAUAGUGAAAACCCCAUCCAUCUCCAAAACAUGCUUUCAUACACUUAUUUGCCAAUAUUUGGUUUGAUAUGGGCAUGUACAUAUCUAUGAAUUUCAAAUAAUCGAAUUUGCUAAUUCCAGAUUUCCUUUACAUAUGUGUUUCAUGUCAUUCGCAUGGCUGCACCCAGAUAUUUCUGCAGAUCUGGGGAGGGUUGAUCAGAUUUGCACUUAAUGAGGUCAUUAAUCGCAUUACAUUUAAAUUAUUAUAAUCUGUCCACCUCUGGCUGAUCUGAGGGCUGGGGAUUGUUUCUGAAUGAGGGGUCUCUGUUUUUCAUCACCACUCAAAUAUCGCAUUCACCUUUUUUACUUGUGAAAAGACGCACAAAGGUUCUUGUUUAGUUUCAAGUCAAACUAAGGAAGAAUUAGAGAGUUUCCAUCACUUUCAUUUUAUUCAUCCGUAUUUUAUUUGUACUACUUUAUUAACUUCUACUGAUAGAUCUGUUAAUAUUCAAAUGUUUAUAGUAUUGUUUGUUUGGGAUAGCUUUUCUUUUUUGUUCGGCCUUUUUCACAUCAAUCUCAAUCAACUGGAUAUGCUUUUUAGGUGUUAAUGUAUUUUGAUUGUUACAUGUACAGUUUUUAGUGUGCUGAUCUUUUUUUGGUCUCCUGUUUUAAUGUUUAUUUGUUUCCCCUUUUGUCGAAAAUGUCUUGCAUCACCAAAUCUUAAAUCUUUUUGACCAAAUGAACUUGUUUUGGAAACUGGGCUUUCCAUUACAAACGACCAUUAAAAGUUGGUCUCUAAAUUGUGUAAUAUAUAUAUAAAAAGAAAUGUUUUAACCCCAACCCUCUGGAGUCUUUAUAACUUAUUGUUUAUAGUAUUUUUUUGUUUCUCUAGUAAACUGCUUUACUGUAGAUUGUACAGUAUUUGUUUAAAACCGUUUCUUCAUUUGUAUGAUGCUGUAUAUUAUACAAACACACUGUUUUAACAUAUAGGUGAGAAAUGUUUUACUUGUAAAUUACACUAAAGGCACUUCAUUUCAUAAUUAAUGCUGCUGAAACCCCUUUUUUUGAUGAAAAUGGUCCUGGUGGAUGCACUAUUCCGGCAUUUCUAUAGAUGCUGCCUGUUGUUGCUUAUGAAAUGUUCCCACCUUUUUUAGAUGUGUAAAAACAUGACAUAUCACACAAUGUUUGUGGAGAAGGGAGAUGAAGAAGAGGUAGAUUUGGAUUGAAUUGGGACUCGAUAACUUGGUGCCUAAAGAGCCAUCCUUCUGCCCGAGAGACACCGGGGCUGGAGAAACAAAGAGUCCAGCUGUAUCUCAGAAAAUAUUGAAAUAUUGAAAUACUUUCACUCUGAUAUCAUUAAAGGGUGUGUGGCUGUGGCUCCUGUCACUCAGAGCUCUUCAUUCUCAGUCCUCGUGCCUUUGAACAAUCCAUACCAUCAUCUUCCCUCCUCAUUGCUAUCUCAUUAACCGUAAUGAUCUAUUUUUCGCUUUGUUUUAUAUCCUGUACAUAUGGCUGUCAUGUAAAAAAAAGAAAAAGCUGUAUUUUCAAUGUUUUUUUUUUAAAAAUAAAAAUAAUUCAUGCUAAUGGAA